GCCGUGUCAUGGAGGCUCAGUCUCGGAGCAGCCAUUGAAGGGGAAGGAACUGCGGGUGUAUGUGUGUAUGUGUGUGUGUGUGUGAGUGCGCGCGCGUGUGUGUGAGUGCGCGCGCGAGUGUGUGGACAAGGAGGUGGGGGCAGUCGAGUUAGAGUCCCAACUCCUUGGACUCCAUUUGCUAUUCUCUUCUUUCUCCCCCAUACCUAUCUGGUGGUGGUGGGCGUUUAUAUUUGCGUUUCUUUUCAUUCAUUUCCAAAUCUUUUACCAUUUGAGGGUUGAGGGUAGUGGGAAAGGCAGGACAGGGCUAGGGAGGAGAGCAGCAGAAGAGCAGGAGGAGGUCAUGGAGAUGAAGAAGAGGAUUAACCUGGAGUUAAGGAACCGAGCGCCGGAGGAGGUGACAGAGUUAGUCCUUGAUAAUUGCCUAUGUGUCAAUGGGGAAAUCGAGGGCCUGAACGAUACUUUUAAAAAACUAGAGUUUCUGAGUAUGGCUAAUGUGGAACUAAGUUCACUGGCCCGACUGCCCAGCUUAAAUAAACUUCGAAAGUUGGAACUCAGUGACAAUAUAAUUUCUGGAGGCUUGGAAGUCCUGGCAGAGAAAUGUCCAAAUCUCACCUACCUCAAUCUGAGUGGAAACAAAAUCAAAGAUCUCAGUACAGUAGAAGCUCUGCAAAAUCUUAAAAAUUUGAAAAGUCUUGACUUGUUUAACUGUGAGAUCACAAACCUGGAAGAUUAUAGAGAGAGUAUUUUUGAACUGCUGCAGCAAAUCACAUACUUAGAUGGAUUUGAUCAGGAUGAUAACGAAGCACCAGACUCGGAAGAGGAGGAUGAUGAGGAUGGAGAUGAAGACGAUGAAGAUGAAGAGGAAGAUGAAGCUGGUCCACCUGAAGGAUUUGAGGAAGAGGAGGAAGAGGAAGAGGAUGAUGAUGAUGAAGACGAACCGGGCUCAGAACUGGGAGAGGGAGAAGAGGAAGUGGGCCUCUCUUACUUAAUGAAAGAAGAAAUUCAGGUGAACAGACCCUUCUUACAUGACCUGAAAAUUAACUAUUUAGGCACAGAGGAUGAAGAAGAUGAUGAUGACUACGUCGAAGAAGGGGAAGAAGAAGAAGAAGAAGAAGAAGAAGGUCUUCGAGGGGAGAAAAGGAAACGAGAUGCUGAAGAUGAUGGAGAGGAAGAAGAUGACUAGAUCAUUCUGAGACCAGAAUCCCUAUUUCCUGGGUGUGCAAUAGAGUGGUCACAUCUUCUUUGUUUCUUCAUGUACAAUAGCUAUCCCUACAGAAGAUAAUGUGUAACUUUUUAUAGGAAAAGUGUGGUUUUACUAUUUUUGCCUUAUCAUUCCAAAUAAGAUUUACUAGUCUGUUAAUGAUCAUAUUGUAUGUAGAGAAAAUUUUUCAUUGACCCCCCCAUUGUGAAACUCCAUAGCAGUUUAUUUAGAAUCUUAAUUUUUCUAAUACAAGCUCACUGUAUUAGUCAUUUUAGCCCAUAAUUAAAACAUAAUCGCUUUUACACAGGUGUAGUAUGGUGCAUUUUAUUCAUAAGGUUUUAAAGUUAUUUAUGAAUUAACCGAAAUAACAGUCAGCUGGAAUAUGAAAUGAAAAUAGUCUCUUGAAUGAUAAGUUUGUCAUUUUUUUAGCAGUGACCCAAAGAUCUUUAGUUUGAAGGCAGUGGCUUUUUUUUUUUUUGGCUAAGGAUUUUUGAGUGCUUGUCGCACGAGUAGCUUGGAAAGUAGGAGCAGAAUAGUAAAGGUUCUAGUCCUUAGGUUUCUGAAACUUUUAAGCUGGGUGAUUAAUAAGGUUUUAUUUUUGAAGGAAAAAAUGCUUAUAGUAAGUUUAGAGACUUGCAGGUGAGCCCUUUGUUCUUCAAGCUGAAGAUCAUGACAUGCUGACGGUUGUUUGUUUUUUGUUUUAAAUAUGCAUUUUUCAUUUUCUUCUCAGCAAUCCUUUUAUGAUCACUUUCCUUUCUUGUUUCACUCUCCUCCCUCUAUCUCAAAAAAAAGUUGGGAAACUUAUGGAUACCCAGGAAAACCUUUAGUCUUAUACCUCAAUCACCUUUUUUAGACUUAUCUCAGUUUUAAAGAAGCUAAGUCAAAGAAACUGAGGAUUUUCUGAGAUAUGAAUAUUAUCAAUACAGUUUUAUGUAACAGACUCUGCUUAUUGUAAAUCUUCCUUGGUUGACAAGAUGUAUAGACUGUAUUAGUAGGAUGAAGAUAGAAAAGAAGCAGAGUGUCUUUUUCUGUGACUGCUGUAACUUAAAGUUUUUGGAAGCAGCAAUAGUGUUCCUUAAAAGUCAGAGCAAUUGCUUGUUGAUAAUUAAUGAGACAUUAAAGUCAAAAUUUUAAAUUAGCUUCCCAAAUGAUUUAGAUACCACUCUGCAAAGUAUUUCUAGUUUUUCUGAAUAGAACCUUUAAUUAUUCCUCCUAGUUUUAUAGCAUUACCAGAUAUAGCAUUCGAUUGGACUAUAUCAGGCAGUUGGAGAAAUAUUUGAAACUAAAUCCAUAUUAAAAUUAAGACUUGUUUUCAAGUGGAUGUCUAUUAAAAAUAGAAAAAUAUUUGGGAUAAGUAUGAGUGUGUGUUUCCUUAUAUGGCUACUAAAUAUAAUAUGAGUAGACAAGUACAUCUCCAUUUUUGUUGUAGAGGCUCCAUGUUCUAGGCAAUUGCUUUUUUAAUCUUGGCUCUAAAUUUUUUCCCCACUUUGUUUUGAAUAUGUGUUUCUUAAAUUAGUGUCAGCAAAUUAAUUGAAGUUACACUUCUACACUUUGAACACAUUUAAAUUACUGAGUAUAGUAAUUUUUUAGUUUAAAAAUGUGUGACUUGGGGUUUUAAAGUGAAAAUUAGAAAGUUAUUUGUGGAUAAACUAAAAAAGUUGCACAACCGACAUAAAACUCUUGGGAUAAGUUUAGUGGGGGUGGGGUGGGUUGGGGUAGGAUUGCAAUCUCCAAAAGGCUAAUACUUUAUUCCUUUUCGAAAAUUGAAAUGCCCUGUUUUGGUCCUGAAGAAUUUUUGUCACAUUGUAUGCCAGAUUAUAAAAUACUUAUUUUUAAAAUUAAAUCUAUAUAUUGACUUUCUUAUCAAUCAUCUUAUUGUGCAAUCAAAAUUAGAGUUCUUUGGUUUGAAAACACACGUAGAGCCUCCAAAUAACUUUUUAAGACUUAUUUAGCUUUGUGGGUGGUAUUUUCAUGCAAAUAAGUAAGGGUGGGUUUUAUAUUUUGUAGAAGUUUUUGGUCCUAUUUUAAUGCUCUUUGUAUGGCAGUAUGUAUAUAGUGUGUUAAAAUCCUCAAAACUCUCCUUAAAAAACUUUGAAGUUAAUACUUUUGUGCAACUGUGUUUUGAAUAAAGCCAUGACAGUGUUAAAAACAAACAAACAAAAAAAUGCAGUACUCCUGAUUAUUCUUUUAUUGUUUCUGACUGUUCCCUGUUUUUUUCUGUGACUGCUGUAACUUAAAGUUUUUGAAACCGAAUUGCUUCAAAUAAAUUGAAGAUUUGUUGUUAAUGA